CAUGCGCAUUGUAACAUUGUGUGGAUAAACAUCGCUCUUGCAGUUUACGAUACGCCACACACUGGUUGAAGCCCAGCUCGGUCAUCUUAAACGCCCCUCGGAUGGAGUCCGUCGGAUACAUCCAGCAGCAACGGAUUGAUUCCCAUAGACAUUAUGGUUGAGCAAAUAUUUCGUCGGUCCAGUACCUAGUCUCAACCGAACGGGUUGCCCUUUAACUCACAAAAUGACAAGCAAUAAUAACAAUGCGGUGACCAGGAAGAUCCGAUCGGAAUACAUGAAGAAAUUCCGGGAUCCUAAAUGGGACACAUUUUCCAAAAAUUACGAGGACUCCGUGAAAUACAGAUUGACUCGUCGGGUUAUGGAACAAACGCACAAACCCUUGUUCUGGGAUGGCUGGGACAGUGGGUCAGACUCCAGUGGAAGGUCAAGUCCAAAACCCCGAGAGGGAUUGGACCCUUUAGCCAAGCUGCAAACACCACUGGAGUCCAGGGCUGAACAUGAAGAGACCCAAGUGGUCGAAGCUGUAGUGAAUGGUCAAUCAACAGACACCCUCACUGUGGAGAAUUCUUCGGGCAUCGAGAAUGGUGUCCCGGAUGAGACUGAUAAUCAGAACGGUUCAUCAGAGACUGCCCCAAAGAGACGCCCGCGGCGCCGCGGUCCUCGCUCUGAGCCGGGCUAUGAUGGCGACACGGACAGGUCCCGGCCAUCCUCCGCACCCAAACCAUCCAGAGCCAAGAGUCAGCCGCCAGAGAGGGGCAAACGCAAUGAGAGAGACCAGAAGCGCUCCUACUUGCGCUCCAGCUGGGCUGAACGACAUGUGGAAACUAGAGGGAGAACGCCAAGUAUGCGUGCGUCAGUUUCUGCUGGGGAGAUUCAUCGCUCAGAGUCGGCGGCCAAGCGGCAGGAGGCUCAGAUGUGUGGAGGAGCGCUGGACCGCCGCAGGGCACGCUCAGCUGACCUUGAGAAAUCCCGCAGCUCGCGGCUCAGUGUUGCGGACGAUCGCUGGAUGACCGAGUACAUGCGCUGCUUCUCUGCGAGGCUCAGGUGAAGCUCGCCCCAGCGCCACAGGACGCCCUCUUAACUCUGAUCCACUGAUCCAGUUUCCUCAUUACCUUAAAAGGGUUCCCAUGUGGACUUGAGAAGGGAAGGUUGUUCACAGUUUCACCCUCAAAGGAUGAAUGUCACUACAGCUGUACGAGUACUGGGACUGAUCUAAAACAUUGGAUGACGGAAAACAAUAUCAUUUGUUUGACUCCAAUCGAUUGGCUUUUUAAAAGUGUGGAGAACCUUUGCAACCCUUUGAUUUCACUUCACCUUCACUUACAAUACCAAAGCACUGUCUCCUAAACGGCGGUUAUGGGUCUGAAAUUAGACUUCUGAUUUUUCUUUAUUGUCUUCAGAUGCCUGCUUGUCUGUGGGCUUUGUUUCAUUCUCUCUUGGAGUUUCAGUCCAAUCAUGAAUCCCCACUUGUUUGUUGAUGUCUGUAUAGAAGUGUAUUUUCUAUUUGAGGUGACGUUGAGACUCCUUCACUGAGGAAGUUGUAUGGGCUCUGUAGUGUAGCCUGUAUAACACAGUGACUAAUAGUGUUCUGCCAGAAUUACUAAUCUGCCCUCAAUGAAAAGUAUGUUAUAGAUUUGAAUCAAACAAUCAUAGAAAAUACUUUUUAAAAUCUAAAUAAUAAAUACAUCUACAUUUUGGUAGAUUUCGGCUUGAACAGAACUAGGAGAAAGAGAAUCAGGACAUUCCAACAGAGCAAUGUCCAUGAAUACAACAUGCUCUGUUUCACUGUACACUGUGAUCAGACAGUAUUUUUAUAUGGACCACAUAUGAUGCAUCAGAAAAACUAGUGUGCAUUCCAGAUGUCAGUGACUGUAGAUUGUGGACCAAAGCCUACUUCAGAAUCAGUUUGUGUCAGUUAAGCUUACACAUCUACAUUAGUUGAUUAUGCAAGUGAUCCAUCUGCUCACUGAUAAAAUGUAGAACUGUGGUAGAAGAUAUUUGAUAUCGAGAGUACUCUAGUUCUAGUCAAAACUACGGUUAGCCACCACUGAUAACAGAGAUGUCCUUAUCACUUCAUAAAUGACUUUUUUGUUACCAUGACAUAUCAGUGCCUCAUUGCAACAAACUCAUAUAGCCCCCUUUAAAAUGUUCACAGACUUCACAAAGCCACCACCCACCUUUCCCAUUUUUGUCCACUUUCUAAACGUUUAGGUGACUUUUUAGUUGUAUCACAACUGCUUGGUAUGUUCACUUGCCGUGGAGUUCUGUCUCUAUUCACGUGUUUUAACUUUUAGAUUGUACUAUUAUCAAUGCAGAAUGUAUUCUCUUUCACUCACAUUGGGGUUUUUGCACUUUGUAUGCUCACGCGUGUGAUUUGAUGUAAGAAACGUUGAGGGCUGUAUUUCAGGUGUGUUCUCACGCGUGUGAUUUGGUGUAAGAGACGUUAAUUUCAAGUGGUGUCUCUGUUGUGUUUUAUUAAGACUUGCCGAGAAUUUGUUGUGGAACUCAUUUGCAUGAGCUAUUAUGGUAUAAUUCUGCAUUUAGGAUUCAUUUGAAUGAACCAUGUAAAGGUUAUUGGAAACAUCUCAGGAGAGCAGACACUGCUUCAGAAGUGCUUCAGGAAUGUAAAGUUGUUGCAUUUACCUAACUCUCCCUGAUCAGAUGUUCAAAUGGAGCUGUCUUGACUCUUUAUGGCACGUACAAUCUUGUUUCUUCAGUUCUCUAGACCCCUUUAGACAGCUCACUCGACGUGAGUACAUCUGGAGAAUGUAUGGACAUGUACAUGGAGUAAUGCAAUUAGUUUUGUUAUUCCAGAAUCACUCCUUGUUGAUGUUUGUGUUGAUGCUGAUGGACAUAAAUGAGCUAUACACAUCUUUAUAGUCAUACCUAUUGUAAACUAAAAGACAUGAACUAACCAUGACCUUCAAAACAUGAUGUUUACAUUUCUUAUCCUUGUAUUUGUAUUUGAAAAAUGCACAAUAAUAUAUUUUCAUCUGUGGUAUAGCACAAACUAC